AUGGACUCAGGCGAUACCCAAUAUCUCUUUAAAGAGACACGAGUCAACCUCGAUCCCCCAACAGCGUCUUCCAUUGUCACCAUCCGAGUGCCGUCCAAUUCAAUACACAGUCGAAACCAUCGCAAACCGGCGCAAGAAAACCUAGCAGAAGAUGAAACAACAUUCCGAUUGAAGAAUCUGGCGACUUCUUCCUCCAUUUACCACCGAAUUUGGCACGACACACCGCGUAGCUUCCUUUGGCGAAUCUUGGAGGAUGGAACGCUGCUCAGCAUCCGGGCUGUCGAUGUCUGCAAGAAAACCCAAGCCGCUGAAUACCCGAUUGUCUUGAACUUCCAUUUCUCGGUGCCUAUCCAGCCAGGAUGUGUUGCUUUCUCGGACCCCGAAGAGCAUGAUUCGCUCUGUGUUUUUGUUCUCGACCAAGCAUACCAGUUGUACAGCUUCACUCUACGGCCGGAUCUGUUUAAGAAGAGGUCGGCAGUCGACGCUGGACUUUCCGAUCUCGGCAAGGUUCAGGCGCCAGCAGGAUUGGGCUUCAAGCAUCCUCAUCGCAUGAUGGCUGUGAACGCGGAGACACUGUUAGUAACGGUCAAUGAUGGUGGAAUGAUCAGAUUGGAUAAAAACAAGGCGCAUGAACCAACAUCAACGCUUGUCUGGAGGGAAUCUUUCUUCAACGUACAAGGAUGGGCGCAGAACCUUCGAAGCCUUCUUCCUUUCCAAGGAAAACACACCAUCAAGCAUGGCAAGAUCAAUAUGGAAUACAGCUCAGCCACAUCGAUUCAAGUCACAAGUUUCGGAAUCGAGGAUUGCCUCUUUGCGAUCACGGUCUGUCUCGAUCACAGAAUGCGAAUUUGGAACAUUAACGAUGGCCAAAUCCUUUACACAAGCGAUAUCCUAAACGCCGAAAGAAACCCUCAAGAGAUUGGAAAGUGGGCUAUCGACCCAUCACAGAAUAACUUGGUUCAGGUCAUUGGACGAAAUCGUGGCAGUAGGAUUUGCGCCACGUUCUCUCCUAUCGGCGCUGGAGAGUUCAAGUUUUGGAAGAUCAUCGCAAAGGAUGCGCACAACGUCGUUGUCGAAGACAUCUUCCCCAAGAACGCUUUGGUCCCAGUGACACCAUCAUCUUCCGAUGUAUGGACUCUGGCAGAUUUCGUUCUGUCUUGUCCUGCCGAGAGUGCUAUCCAACUCUGGACUCUAUGGAAGAACAAUAUGACAUACAGGGUGCAAAGGCUCGAGGUGGAUCGUAAGAAUAUCACACAGAGCUGGGAAGAAAACUGGGAUGGAGUCUACGCGGAUAACCUGAUACAGGCUGCGGAAGGCUCUGGCCCUUCUGACCCGACUGAUGUUACCGAGAAGUGGCUUCAACUCAUCUUGAAGCCCGGCCAAUUUACAAAACCGACUCUCGAAGCAGCUCUGUCGAUCUACGAACGAGGUUUUGGCAAGUCAAAGGAGACCGCCAAGGGACGGGGUCUGGCUGAGUCGAUUUGCUCCAUAUUAGGAUCAACCGCAACACUGGAUCGCGGCUCAUCGGGCGCUAUGGAAUAUGAAACAUUCCGCUCUUCGAGUGAGACACAAUGGUUGAGAUUCUACCGUCUUUUGCUUGAGCUGGACAAGCAGCGAGGAGAAGCUAUUGGGCUGACCCUCGACCCCCACACGGGCCUGACUUGGGUUGUCUGCGCCGACUUCCUUUCAGCUAUCCGAGAAUGCAGUAGCUUGGAGCGUCUGUACUAUAACCUUUCUUCACCUGAGGAGGACCAUGUAGCUCAAGCGGCACUGGUUGGCACGGCUCUGACUUUUGUUGAUGGGUUCCCUGAAUACUUGGUACAGCUUUGUCAAGCCACGCUACGGCCAGAGUUAUUUGAGGACUCCUCCAAGACAGAUCUUGAGCGAAUUCAGUACUUCUCCGACAAGUCUGGAUUCUGGCGAGGAAUCACCGAUGAUGACUGCAACCAAGUUGUUGAUGUCCUUGGCCAAAACUUUAGCACGGUGACAGACGAGCUCUACUCUGAUGUAAUGGGUCUCAUUUCUGCUCCAGAAGAGGCCAAGACACGAAACCUACGCCAUCCACUCACCGAUUUCGGAAAAAGGCUGAUUGUCAAGGCUGUACAGGACAGUAUCGAGUUGCAGUGGCGGGUAUACUUCAGCCAAUUGACUCUCCUUGUUCAUAUGGAGUUCGAGUUCGACACCGACGCCGACAUUCUUCACAGUAGAGUUGACGUUGGUAACGUUUUUAGACAGCUUGUCGCGGCUUUGCGGCGCCUGGAGCUGCUGAAGUGGCUCGCACAAACAGAAUUAUCAGUAUCCACUACUCGAGACAAGAGUGAUAUUGGUUCUACCUCAAGAAAGGGUGUCGAGGAUGUCCAACUUGUAACAGCACUGGAGGCUAAUGUUGGCCACCUACUUGGGUUCGCUAACAAGGGCGAGCCCCUCGCCACCAGUAUUACUGAUCUGGUCACAAACCUCUGUGCUCCCGAUAGCGAUAUUGAAGUGUCGCCAUCAUUGAUCCAGUGCUCGCUCCUAAAGCGGGAGAGGGCUGAUCUGGCUUCAGAUCUUGCGCCUUUCUGCGACCAAAACCCCUUCUCUACCUAUGUUCAAGGCCGCCUGCAGCUGGCCUUGAAGGAUUUUAACACCGCUGCUAUCUACUUCAGAAAGGCAGCUAUUGGAAUGAGCACUGAAAACAUUGAGAGUGACCGUCAUAGCAGCGGUCUGCUUGAUGAUACAGAGUGGAAUCUUCUGAACCAUGGCCUUGCUAAGUACUACUCGCACAUUGUUGCCUUGUUCGAGAAGCAAAAGGCCUACUCUUAUGUGGUUGAGUUUGCUCGCCUCGCCAUGCAGUUUCUUGGAAACAAGCAGGAUGCCAUGUUUACCAAGACCGAUAUGCAAAGCCGCUUGUUCAACGCUGCAGUGGCAACAUCGCAGUUUGAACUUGCUCACACAACGCUGGUGUCUAUUAAAGAUCAGGCUAUGAAGAACUCGAACUUGCGAAAGUUGAUCGACAGAAUGUGCGCAACCUAUCACAACAUCGAGCUCGUAGCCCUGCCCUUCCCUGGUUUGCAACAAGAGGUCGAUGACAUCCUAGAGCAGAAGUCGAAAGCAUCAUUGGAUAUCAUAGAGGGAUUUCCUUACCACCAGGUUCUCUACUCAUGGCGGAUGAAGCACAACAACUACCGUGGCGCUGCUUCCGUGGUGCUAGACCGAAUCCACAAGCUACAAAACGCUGGAGAAGGUGACGAGGCCACGGGAGAGGAUAUUCUUGACACCCCUAUGACCAGACAAUACCUCCUGCUCAUCAACGCUCUUAGCUGUGUCGGGCCCAAGCAGGCUUGGAUCUACGACGAGGUUUCGACCGGCUUUGGGCAUAAGGAUGCAGGAAAACGCAAGGUGGUGUCAUUGGCGGACAUCCGAAAACAGUACCAAGACGAGCUGGACCGUAUCGCAGCGAUCCACAACAACCAAUUUGGCUUUGAGGCGGGUGACGUUAUGGAACUAUAA